GCGGUGCGGGCGGGCGAUGGUGGCGGGCGGGGCCGUGCGGCUGCUGCUGCUCGCGCGCCCCCUUCUCGGGCGGGCUGCUGGGGCGAGGGGGACAUGGCACGGCUGGACGGCCCCGGGGCGCGGAGGGCUGCGUGCCGGCCGCUGGGUUGCGGUGGCCUUGGCGGUGCCCACGGCGGUACCCGCUGGGACCGGCUGGAAGGGGAGGCCGGGCCACUGGGGACCGGUGUGGGUAGGGGAACGCGGCUCGGAGCGGCCACCCCAGGGGCUGCUGCAUCGCUUGGGUCUGGUGCUCCAGCUGGGUCUGCGGGCCUGCGGGCUGCUGCUGCGCUUCGGCCCCUUGCUGCUGCUCUACCCUCUGAGCCGUUUGUGGCCCGCCUUGGGAGCGCUGUGGCUGCGGCUGCUGCGGAGGGCAGCUGAGGCUGCCGGUCCCACCUGUAUUAAGCUGGGCCAGUGGGCCAGUACUCGUAGGGACCUCUUUUCCGAGGCCUUCUGUGAUGAGUUUUCUAAGCUGCACAUUGAGGUGAGCCCGCACCCUUGGAGCCACACUGAUGAGCUCCUGAGGAAGGCCUUCGGUGAGGACUGGAGAGGCAUCCUCAAGUUCCAAAGCCAGGAGCCAGUCGGCUCAGGCUGCGUCGCCCAGGUAUAUAAAGCCUAUGCCGAUCUCACAGCCAUCGCUGGCUGCCAGGUCAAGGAGGUAGCACAACGCUCGGAAUUACGGUCUGCUUUUGAAGCAUGGGAAGUGUCAGGCUUUAGAGGCCUCCUCAGCUGGCUAAGGAGGAGGAAGAGCCAAGAGAUGUGGGAGGAGAGGAGCAGGGAGCACCUGAGCCCAUCAAACUGCUCCCGAGGAAAUCCUGUGAGUGGGAUGUCCCUUAUGGAACAAACGGCCCAGCCACUCCUGAAUGCAAAUCCCUCAUCAGCCAGACAUCUCACGCCUGUAGCCAUUAAAGUCCUGCAUCCUGGGCUGGUCCAUCAAGUCCAGAUGGAUCUCUUCCUUAUGAAGCUGGGUAGCCACAUCAUUGGACUUCUCCCUGGAUUUAAGUGGCUCAGUUUGACAGAGAUUGUGGAGGAGUUUGAGAAGCUUAUGAUUCAGCAGAUUGAUUUACGCUAUGAAGCCAGAAAUCUGGAGCGCUUCCGACAGAAUUUCCUAGAUGUCGACUUUGUGAAGUUUCCAACUCCCCUUCGGCCUUUGGUGACGAGAGAAGUUCUCGUGGAAACCUUUGAGGAGAGUGAGCCUAUUUCACACUACCUGCAGGAGGAGACUGCCACAGAGCUGAGGCAGAGACUUGCAAAGAUGGGCAUGGACAUGCUCCUAAAGAUGAUCUUUGUUGACAACUUUGUCCAUGCUGACCUGCACCCUGGGAACAUCCUGGUUCAAGGCUCUGCUUUUGUCAGCACUGGCUGCAAGGAGCAGACAGCCAUUGUGGACCUGUGUGACACACUUGUGGUGGAAGUGCAGCCACCUGUCAGAGGUCUCUGCCUGGUGCUGCUGGAUGCGGGGAUUGUGGCAGAGCUGCAACACGCUGACCUGCAGAACUUCCGGGCUGUUUUCACAGCUGUGGUCCAGGGCCAGGGGGAGAGAGUGGCAGAACUAAUCCUGCAUCACGCCCGUGCCAACCAGUGCCAGGACAUAGAGCGGUUCAAAGCCGAGAUGGCAGAACUAGUGACCAAGGUCCGAGGGAACACCGUUGCCCUGGGAAAGCUUCAAGUGGCAAAUCUCCUCUCCAAUGUCUUUAAACUAUUGAUGACACAUAAGGUGAAGCUUGAGAGCAAUUUUGCUUCCAUCAUCUUUGCCAUCAUGGUUCUGGAAGGUCUUGGUCGUUCACUGGACCCUGAACUGGACAUCCUAGAGGCAGCUAGACCACUGCUCAUCAAAAAUGCAGCUUCUGUCCUUAAAUAGACUGUGGCUGCUGCCCUCUUGCUGUGCAGGAUUAUCCAUGCCAUCUGACAGAAGCUGAAGGUGGAAAGUCAGGAGCAUCUUGGGAGAAAUGCUGUGCAGUGUUGCUCUGCAUUGACGUUGCCUUCAGUCAUUUCAGCCAGGUACCAGACAUGGGAUGAUUGGAAGGUCUGUUCCAGAAACCAGGAAGACUUUGCACAACUGGAGAGUUCUGACUUGUUAAUACAGUUGCUCUGGUAGUUUUUAAACUGACUUACUGUGUAGCUGAGGUGCUCAAGAUCACUGCAGCCUGAUGAGAAAAGCAGUUUUACUUGUCUGAAAGUCUUUAAAUAUUUAACCUGAUAUAUUUAUGUCGA